AUUAAGAUUGAAAGGAGAAAAUAUUCAAAACCCUCCAUUUCUUCUUUGCUUCUUAUUCGCCACAAUCAUUUCUCCACCACUCUUUCAGCCAUUUUUCAUUACAGAAAAAAAACUUUUUUUUGUUUCCUAAAGAAUAUUUUUUUUUCAUUUCCUCGUGAGUCGAAAGACUAACAUUAGAGGGCGGAGAGGGAGACGGGAGCAGUGGGUUAUAUAAUCAUGAGUCGUCGUCUCUUUGCCUGUUUUGGUGGGGGUUCAUCGAAAAAGGGAGUCCAUGCAAAUGGGAAAACCAAUGGAACAGUGGUCGAAGCAGCGGUGGGUGAUGGGCCAGUCCUGGUGGAGUUGUUCUCUUCACAGGGAUGUGCGACAUCGCCAGCGGCGGAGUUGCUUUUGUCAAGGCUAGGGAGGGGGGAUUUUCAGCUGGAUACGCCGUUUAUUGUGCUGGCUUAUCAUGUUGAUUACUGGGAUUACAUGGGGUGGAAAGACCCUUAUGGCUCGAGCCUAUCAACUGUUCGACAGAAGGCUUAUGUUGAGGCAUUGAGGCUUGACACCAUGUUUACGCCUCAGGUUGUAGUUCAAGGCAGGGCUCAGUGUGUGGGUAAUGAUGAAGAUAUUUUGUUAUCCACCAUUUCCGGUGCUCCCAGGUUCCCUGCACCAUCAUUCCAGGCUAAUUUCCAAAGGCCUACAUCAGAGUCAUUGCAAGUGACCCUAACAGGAGCUUUGAGGUCUAAAGUAGACAACAAUGGUGCCAAUGUAAUGGUGGCAUUGUAUGAGAACGGAUUGGUGAAUGACUGCCCGGCAGGAGAGAACAGAGGGAUGGUCUUAUCCAAUGAUUUUGUUGUUAGAAAGCUUGAAAAACUCUGCACCGUCAAAGACAUAGCCGCCAAGAAGACGGUCUCAGGCACCGCUACAUUCACUCUAUGGGAUGGUUUCAACAGCGAAAAAUGUGCUCUUGCAGUCUUUGUUCAGAACAGCUCCCACCAAAUUUUUGGCUCACAAAAGUUUGAACUGCCAAAUGACUUGUGAAAAAUACAGAAGAUUUAGGGUUUGAAUCCUGGCAUUUGCGCUUCUUUUUCUAUUUUGUAUAAAAAAACCUUGAAGUAUUGUGCCAUUGGCACAUAGUUUUACUCAAAUUUUCAUGUAUAGGAUGUGUUCUACUUUAGGUAUUGAUUUCUUUUCCCUAUGAUUUGCUUUUCUUAUUUCCUGGUUUCAUGUUCUAGGAUAUGGAGAUUGGAGAGGCAUUUGCAUUCAGUAUAUGGAUUCUGUUUUAAACACUUCACCAUAUUCUUUUAUAAUUUAACCUCUGUUAACCAUCAUAGUUGA